CUCGCCUUUCGGUUUACCCUCCCCUUGCCCAAGUUAAAAACAGCAAUCAGAGAGAGAGAGAGAGAGAGAGAGAGAGACAGGCCGCAAACGGAGAAGAGACACGGGAGAGAGGGAGGGCUCGCUAGCUAAACAAUAACCCUCACUCUCUACUCUCUAGCUAGCUAGCCUCUCAGCUCAGCUGUGGUGGGGAGAAAGACCGGACCGGAGGAGAGGGCGAUCAAGAAAGGUUACCGGCCGGCCUAGAGGUAGCUGCUAGAGCCGCCGAGCUCGAUCGUCCGACUCCGAGAGCUAGCUUCCGCUUCCGCUUCCGCCCAGGGCAGUAGAAGCGUUUUUACGGCAACGCUAGCUAUAGCUAGCGCUGAGAGAGAGAGAGGUGGAAGUAACAAGGCCGGUAGAGCAGGCGGAAGCGAGGGAGCGGCAGCUGCAGGCAGGGGUGGGGGCAGCAAAAUGGUGGGCUCCGGCGCGGCUGGGGGCGGAGCGGAUCACGCGCGGAGCAAAGAGGCCGCGGGGAUGAUGGCGCUCCACGAGGCCCUCCGCAACGUCUGCCUCAGCUCGGACUGGACGUACUCCGUCUUCUGGACCAUCCGUCCUCGCCCGCGGUGCCGCGGCGGGAACGGGUGCAAGGUCGGCGACGACAACGGCAGCCUGCUGAUGGGAAAGGUGGCCUCUGAUAAAUGUCACAAAUGGGUCUUCAAGGAACCUUCUGAAUGCGAGCCCAACAUCUCCAACUACUGGCAGAGCUCUUUCGACGCACUUCCUCCGGAAUGGACCGACCAGUUCGCAUCAGGCAUCCAGACCAUAGCUGUGAUCCAAGCCGGGCAUGGCCUCCUGCAGCUGGGCUCCUGCAAGAUUAUACCCGAGGACCUGCACUUCGUGCUGCGGAUGCGACACAUGUUCGAGUCACUCGGCUACCAGUCGGGCUUCUUCCUCUCCCAGCUCUUCUCGUCCUCGCGGGGCGCCUCGCCGACGCCGACGCCGCCAUUCCCGCUCAAGCAGCCGCCAGCAGCUCCGGCCGCGCGCGCCCCGCCGCAGCUCUUCAGCUGGCCGGGCCACCACCAGCCGCAGCAGCUCCCGUCGCCCGCGGGAGCGUCGCCGCUCUUCCCGCCCGGCCCGGGCGCGUUCCACCCGUCCUCCGCGCGCCCAAUGCCGCCGUUCCCAGGCGGCAAGGACGAGGGCCACAUGUUCCACCUCCCGCCAGCGGCGCACCACGGCACCAACAAGCAGCCGCCGCAGCACAUGGACGAGCACCACCACCACCAGCAGCAGCCGAUGGUGGGGGCCGGCGGCGACGCGCCCGACGGCGACCUCCGCUGGCCCAACGGGCUGUCCUUCUUCACCGCGCUCACCGGGCGCGCGGACGACGCGAAGCUGCUUUUCGGCGGCCCCGGCGCUGGCGCUGGCGCUGCGGACGACGACGACAAGGCGGCGCCGGACGCGCACGGCGGGGCCGAGAACGUGGAGGAGUACCUCAGCCUGGAGAGCCACUCCAACAAGGCCAGGAAGGUGGAGAGCCCCGCGGCCCAGAGCACCAACAAGUUCAAGAGGAGCUUCACGUUGCCCGCGCGGAUGAGCUCGUCCUCGUCCACGUCAGCGUUCCCGUCCGUGUCGGCCUCCACGGCGCCGCCGCAGCAGCAGCAAGCAGGGAUGGAGUAUCGAGGGCCGCACGAGGGCGGCGUCUACUCGGACCUCAUGGAGACGUUCUUGGAGUAGCUAUAGCUAGCUAGAUCCCGUAGCAUGCAUGAUCGAUCGGUUCAGGGUCACACACUACGACAAGCGUACGCUGCUUUUUGUUUCUCACCGCCCUCCGUCCCAAGCUUUGUUUCAGGUUUGGAGUUUUAAUCGCAUAAUAUGUUUAAUUAGAUUUGUGUGUGUAUUUUUUUAAUUUUCAUCGUGUUUCCCCCCUAUUCCAGUAGUUGUCGUAGCUGCUAGCUAGAUCGUAAUGCACAAAAAAAAUGGUGGAGUACAUGCAUGCAUGCAUGCAAGAAGAGCAUGAGUUGCUUCCA